AUGCUCGACGCAAUGAGUCCCGCAACACGUCUACUUGACGAACACCUUAGGGAAGGGGGUUACCAAAAAUGGGGUUGGGUGAUCUAUCGCUCCACGUAUCAAAACGACGAAGACUGGAACUACUUCAAGGGGGUGAUUACGGAGGCAAUGCGCAAAUCCAUCGAGUACCAUAAGACUCUAGGUCUCGAUCACUCUCUGAAUCAAAGUCUGAGUUUGACAUUCCUUGAGGACCGGCCCAACUUUGAGAAUGUAUCAAAGGAUCAGCUUCGCGCGCACUUUCAGGAGUGGGCUCAGCGUGCGUACUAUGCUGAAAACGCGCGACCGUUUGAAGAAUUCAACCCCGACCUAGCGACCGCACCUAGAUACCGGUACUUUAUCCAGAUUGACGAAAAGUCUCUGCAAAGCCUUCUUCAUGACACCGAAAGUGGUCCUCGGUUGAAGGGUCUACAAAGUAAUGGCUAUGUGAAUUUUGUGGAUGGCUGGUGGAAUCAUUGA